UCCUUACGCGCGGACAUCGACAGGGGGCGGGACUGCCUUAUCAUGCGAUGUUUGAAGCUAUCGCCAAACAGCAAAGAAGAAACAUUGCCGUGAUAAUUGGAUAGAUUUCGGCUAGGCUAACCUCUGUUUGAAAAAGUUUACGCAUUUAUCCGUUAUACUGCUGUUGUUUUUGCUUAUCGCAGUAACCCGGUCUGAUCUACUUUUAAUUUUCUCUUAAGAAGCCCUCAGAAAUGGCAGAAAAUACAGAGCAAAAUGAGGCAAAGCAUGACGGCUCACCGUCCCCGGCGAUGACAGACCAGGAGAAGGAGAUGGCAGCCAGCGCAUAUGAAGCAUUUACGGCUGGGAGAUGUGACGAGGCACUCAGACACCUUGAAGGCCUGCAAGAGCUCAACAAAGAGGACUACAAGAUUGCAAUGAAUAAAGCUGUUGUUGAGUUUUACAAAAGCGGUCAGACCACCACAGGGCUGCUGAAGCAGACCCUGAUGUCAAUGAAGAACCAGGUUCACACGUCAGCAGAGGAUGUUGAUGGUUUGGAUGAUGUUGAAAAUAGUUUGCUUUACUACAAUCAAGCUAUCAUCCACUAUUACAUGCGGCAGUUCUCUGAGGCAAUCUGCAUCGGAGAAAAGCUCUACCAGUUUCUGGAACCGUUCGAAGAAAAGUUUGCACAGUCUGUGUGCUUCCUGUUGGUGGAUCUCUACCUGCUCACCUUCCAGCCAGAGAAGGCCCUCCACCUGCUGACUGUGCUGGACAAACUCUCUGUGCAAGGAAGCAACAAGAACGGCAAAGGAGAGAAAGAUGGAGGAAACCAGAAGGCCGAGUUAGCAGCUAUGAUUGAAGCAGCCAAAUCAAAAAUUCACCAGUACAAAGUGAGAGCGUACAUUCAGAUGAAAUCCUCCAAGGCCUGUAAAAGGGAGAUCAAGUCAGUGAUGAACACAGCAGGGAAUUCUGCACCUUCACUAUUCCUCAAGAGUAAUUUUGAGUAUUUGAGAGGAAACUACCGGAAAGCAGUGAAGCUGUUGAACAGCUCCAAUAUUGCAGAACAUGCUGGACCCAUCAAGACGGGUGAAUGUGUUCGAUGUAUGUUCUGGAACAACCUGGGCUGCAUUCAUUUUGCAAUGGGGAAACACAACCUUGGCAUUUUCUAUUUCAAGAAGGCUCUCAAGAAUGCCACAUUUAUGUGUUCCUCAGUAACAAAAAGUCCUUUUCUUCUGUUUUCAGCUAAAAAAUUCACAGGUAUCCCGAUGUGUGCUUUACUAGCCAACAAACGUUACGAGCUGUUGUAUAACUGCGGUAUUCAGCUUCUGCAUAUUGGCAGACCUCUGGCAGCAUUUGAAUGUCUGAUGGAGGCGGUGCAGGUUUACCACUUCAACCCUCGGCUGUGGCUGCGGCUUGCAGAGUGCUGCAUCUCUACUAACAAAGGGGGUUCAGAGCAGGAAAGCAAAGGUUUGCCUUGUAAAAAAGGUAUUGUUCAGUCUGUUGUUGGCCAGGGCUACCAUCGCAAGAUCAUCCUGGCGUCCCAGUCCAUGCAGAACACCAUGUACAGUGAGGGCCAGUCAGCAGCUAUUCCAGUGGCCAGCAUGGAGUUUGCAGCUAUCUGCCUGAGGAAUGCGCUGCUGCUGCUGCCUGAACACCAGCAGCAAGAACUCAAGACAGAGAACAGCUCCAAGAACUCGAGUCAGUCAGGAAGCACUGAGAGUGGCAGCGAGAACAGCGACGCCUGCAGUGGAAAAGGUCAGGAUGCUGAUAAAUUUUUGUCUGCUGCUCCCUCUUCUCCUCUUAGAAAACAGGAGGUAGAAAACCUCAGGUGCUCCAUCCUGGCCUGCAGCAGUUAUGUAGCAUUGGCGCUGGGAGACAACCUGAUAGCCCUAAACCACGCUGAGAAGCUGCUCCAUCAAACCAAGCUGUCCGGAUCGCUCAAGUUCCUCGGUCACCUCUAUGCUGCUGAAGCCCUCAUCUCAUUGGACAGGAUUUCCGAUGCUAUCGCUCACCUUAAUCCAGAGAAUGUCAGUGAUGUGUCAGUGGGCAUGUUGAUGAACGAACAAGACCAGGGGUCGGACAAAGGAGAUGAGCCUGUUGAAUCUUCAGGGAAGCAGACUCCACUGUGUUAUCCCAGCAGUGUGACAUCAGCUCGAGCUAUGAUGCUCUUUAACCUGGGCAGUGCCUAUUGUUUAAGGAGUGAGUACGACAAGGCCCGCAAGUGCCUGACUCAGGCUGCAUCGAUGAUGAACAGCAAGGAGAUCCCGCCUGAAGCCAUCCUGCUGGGAGUGUACCUGGAGCUGCAGAAUGGAAACACUCAGCUGGCUCUGCAGAUCAUCAAACGCAACCAGCUGCUGCCUACCACGCAACAGAGGGUCUCCCCGGACUUCCGCAAGAAACCCAUCCAGCCGCUCCAGUUGCCCUCCUCUUUUACACAGAUCCAGAGGAAAUGAGCCACCUCACCAGACCACGCAUCCUGGCUGAACCUUGAUAUUUAUGAAGCUGUAUGAACUGAGGAGACUUUUGACACCAUCUGCGUUGGUGUCAAAUGACCGAGAAGAGCGGCCUUUUUUAUUUUCACUGUAUGAGGAAUUUGUGUGUGAAGAAUGAAAAUAAAUUUUAUUUACUGAAUCA